AAUUCUGGCAGGGAGAUAGAGUUAGUGUGUUUUAAUAUAUAAAGUGCAGAAAUUGGGUGCCUUUCAGAACUACAACUGUUUUAGAAGAAAUAACUGAAAUUAAAAUCCAUUGUGGAAUGUGGAUUGUCUGCAUCAUCUGCUUUUUCCGGGAAAAUAAGUGAAUGUAUCCAUAUCAAGCACCUGUUAAUAUCAUAUCAUAAAAGAGUUGCAACUGCAUUCAUUAACUAAUUUGUUUACUAAUUCUUAAAACAUUCGAGUUAAAAUGGCAACAAUAUGCUUUCCCCCCUCUGAUACAAAGUAUCUGUUGCUGAAUUUUUAAAGUCGGCAAAGACUGGUUCUUUGAUAAUACAGUAGCUGUAAUCUGAGUUGCGAGGCGGGAGCAUUUAUUUUGAGAACCGCCUGUCGUGUUUUUCCGUCAGGUUUUCCCGUUUUAUUUUUGAGCCGGCUUUAGCGAAGGCGACAUCACAGGCCACAAGUCCUUCUUCGAGCUGGACCUGUUGCCCAUAGCAACAAUCUCGCCCUUUCCGUUUUCGGUGCUCGAUUGCGAGGCCUGGCGUCUUUCUCAACCCCAUUCUGCGUUUCUCUGGCAGCGGCGGAAAAAGAGGCCGCCGCCGCCGCGUCCAAUCGUUCUCUCGGCCGUGGACUAGCUGGGCCUGCUCCGGGCUCGAGGGUUGUGUGUGUGUUUUUUUUUUUAAUCCGAGGCAAGAUGGCGGCGACGGCGGCCGGGGCCGCCCCACUGGGCAAGGGGCUGGACAUCAGCCUGGCGGCUCUGCAGCGGCACGACCCCUAUAUCAGCAGCAUCGUAGACGUAGCUAGCCAGGUGGCGCUCUACACUUUUGGGCACCGCGCCAACGAGUGGGAGAAGACUGAUGUGGAAGGAACAUUAUUUGUUUACACAAGUUCCAUUGUCACCAGAUGUGGAUGUUCAGUUCACAUAACAGAAAUAAAAGAUGCCCAAUUUGAUGAUAACAUGAUACAUGUUUUAGAAAAGAUACUGCAGAUUGAUGAUCCUUGGUGUCUCUUACCAUCGCUUUUCCCAGUGAUAAGUAAUGAAAACUGUAUAAAGGAAAAGGUUCUGUGUAGACCAAACCAAAUGCAAGUGGAAAUUGCCAGCAAAGAAGCUUUAAAAAUCAAUAUUUCUGAAAACCACGAAGUCUUUGAAAUUUAUCAGAUCUUCUGGAUUAACAACUAUAUUAGAUCAGCUUCACCAAAAUAUGGAUUUACCAUAAUGAAUAGACUGAGCAUGGAGAAUCGGACAGAACCCAUAACUAAAGAUCUGGAUUUCCAGUUGCAGGACCCUUUUCUGCUUUACAGAAAUGCCAGAUUGUCCAUUUAUGGGAUCUGGUUUUAUGAUAAAGAAGAAUGCCAAAGAAUUGCUGAGCUCAUGAAAAAUUUAACUCAGCAAGAGCAGCUGAAAGCACAGCACGGGGCUAGCAUAGGAAUUUCCCCGGUUAAUCUGAAUUCAGGUGACUGCAAAGAAGUGGAUAUACUACAGAUGCUCACCAGAGCCAAAGAUGAAUAUACCAAGUGUAAGACAUGCUCAGAACCAAAACAAAUAACCAGCUCUUCCGCUAUAUACAACAACCCCAACUUGAUUAAACCAAUCCCAGUGAAGCCUAGUGAGACUCCUCACCAAUGUACAUCUCAUCAAGCGCAGAAAGUAGACCUUGAACCACAGCACUUAUCCUUAAUGACCCUCUUUGGAAAGCAGGACAAAUCCAGCAUAUACCAGGAUCCCGCAGAACAGUCACAGAAACUUCGCCAAGAAAACUUCCCAUUGAAGCAAGGGGUUGUGCGCUCUUUGUCUUACGAGGACCCUGGGAGACAUUCCCCUACAGCAGAGAAGCAGCUUUGCCCAGCCAUUCAAAAGCUGAUGGUGCGUGGAGCUGAGCUUCACCCAGUAGUUGAACUCCCUGAGAACCGAGUUUGUGAGAAUGGCAGCAAACCUACCAUGGAGGAAGUUUUCACAGGACUCUUCCAGCCAGUGGUUUCUCAGAACGUCCAGCCACCUCAUCCAUCCCAGGAUACAACUACCCCUCAGAGUCUACUCCGGCAACUACAAGGUCAGUCAGGACAGAUGGCUAAACUGGAGCCUAGCAACUUAGGACCAGCAAAUUCAGUUGCAUCAGUCUUUAGCCAGACUCCUGUUGUUUCCUCAGUGGCCCAGGUAAAGAGUGUAACUCAGCCACAUAUGAUGUAUUUCAAUGGCUCCCUCCCAGCCCAGACUUUAGGACCUCCAGCCCUUGGUAAAGAACAACCCAAACUUCCUGGACAGUCCAUCUCUCUCUCUGCGAACCAGUCUGUCAAUUCUGGAGUAAUUUCACCACAAGAGUUAUUAAAGAAACUUCAGAUAGUCCAACAGGAGCAGCAGUUGCAUGUGUCCAGUCGGCCAACCUUGGCAGCUAAGUUUCCGGUGGCUACUCAGAGCACCUCCAUGCUAAAACAUCUGGAUUCCUGGAUGGAUAAGGUUUCCAUCACAGAAAAGCAACCUCCUUUGUUUCAGGUUAUCUCACCACAGCGGAUUCCUGCUACUGUAGCUCCAUCACUGUUGAUGUCACCAAUGGUUUUUAGUCAGACUGCCCCAACCCCGCCUAAACCAAAUGAAAAUGGAUGGCUCCCAGUUGUGAAUCAAGAAGCUGCUUCAGUUUCAGCAAACCUUCUCCUACCUAUGCAGAACUCAGAACUACCAGCUGCAAACAGCAAUCCAUUGACCAAGAAGCAGCUACAGGAAACGUUACUCCAUCUGAUCCAGAAUGAUGAGAACUUCUUAAACAUCAUCUAUGAUGCUUAUCUUGUCAGCGUGAGGAAAGCAGCUCUGAAAAAGCCUAAUUGAAGUCUAAUUUUUAAAAUCAAAUGUAUGUGAUUUCCUGAGCUUGCCUUUUUCAAAUAAUUAGUCACAUGAAGUGAGGAAAACCUGCUGCCAAAUGUGUGUUGUGCUAAGAAAUUGGUGAGUAGGAACUGAGAGUGCCUUUUGUGGGACUGAGAUUUAGUCAUAAAUUAAAAAUACCUAAUGACGCUUUUCCGGUUUAGGAUCCAUAUCAGCUUGUAUAAAGAGUGAUACUUUGUGUCCUCAUCUUUUGGCGUGUUUCUUUUAAAACCCCUUGUUGGAAAAUGUUACCUGGUAGC